AUGUGUAAGUUCACUUACUACAUAUUAUACAUCGGACUUUUCUGUACACAUUUAGUCUUUUGUAACUCAUUUUUUCUCAAAAACAACCCAAAUCCUUUUGAUAACAUAAACAAAAACAUUCCAAAUUCUCAAAUUCAGCAAAUAGUUCCAGAAAAUGCCACAACAAACAACAACAACCCAAAUUACACGUAUAAUUUAAACACAUCUAACAAUAAUAAUGACAAUUUGGCGAGAAAUCAAUAUAAUAAUAAUUUUAAUACUAAUGAAAUCGCAAAUAAUAUAACACAGAACGGUGUUACUGUUAAUUCAUACGUGAAUAACGAUAAGGAUAAUAACAACCCUUCUGACGUUUCAACCGACGAAAAUGAAGUAAAUAACCAGGAAGAGAAUGAUAACGACUUGAUGUACUAUUUAACUCAGUAUCGGAACAGAGCUCGAAGAACGGUUGAUGGUCAUUUAUGUGCAGCAGCUUUCGUUCAAAGAGACCAGAUUUAUACCGACUGUACAGUUGAAGUUGCUCCCGACGGAACAGAAGGAAAAGAAUGGUGUUACCUUGAAUCACAACUUAUUGGUAAAUUGGAGAAGGAUUGGGGGUUUUGCGAAACUCCAUUAAAUUACGAAGAAAUAAGAAAUGCAACGCUUAAUCACAUAUCACAGAAAGUUUCUCAAGUUGAUGAAAUGCUCAGAUCACUGAAUACAUAUAGAAAACUUAUUAAAGAAUCUGAAAGGAGACUAUCAAAAGUUUGUGGAAUGGGCCAUAAGCUAAUAAGCGAUUCUCUGUUAAAAAUAGAAACAAUGUUUGAAGAUUCAGAAAAGAAAAUAGAAGAAGUUACAAAAAUAAAAAACGAAAUUGACAAGAUCAAGAACGAAAUUAAAAAGAUACAGUGUGUACACAACGAAGUGAGAAAAUCCCACUCAACUCAGUAUUACCCGGACAAGUAUUUUAACACUAUUUUAAAAUUAUUUAGUGAUAUAUACAAUGUUUCUGACGGCUUAAUUGGUACAUAUUACUCCAACAACACCUUUGAAUUCCCAGCAGUUUCUACUAGAAUAGACCCUCAAAUUAAUUUUUUGUUCGUAAACAAAAUGCCAAUUAUUGGUCUAAGUCCUUACAAAUUUUCAAUUCGGUGGGAAGGAUACUUGAAAGUACCUCACUCAGGAAAUUAUUUGUUUGAACUUGGUAUAUUAUCAUAUUUAUAUUUAAGAUUAGAUACUGAUUCAUACGGAAGAGUUGAACUGAACGGCUCUGAGAUAAUAAAUCUUGGUAUACGAGUUGAUGGAGAUGAUGAAAUCGGAUAUAAAUUCUUCAUUGAUCCUGUUAUACAGAGAAAUGGCCUUAAAACCUCUCAAAGUCAGCAGCUGAUCGGAGGGAAGUUUUAUCAAAUAAAGGUAGAAAUGUCGCACUCUCAGCAGUACAAAUACUCUGAUGGCUCAGAAUCAUAUUUCAAUUUACCUGCUUCAAGUUUUGAAAUUGUUACAUCACUAAAUGGAGAAAGCGCCUUCAGAAACAACAACAGAUUCUUUAUCGCAAAUUUGACAAAUGGACUAAUUAAAGCUCAGUUGAUAAGAUGUGAUGAAAAACAUAACAUAGGGUCAUUCAACAUGAGCGUUAAUCAGGACUCAAACCUCUAUGUUGCAUACAAAAAGGGAUUUCCGUUCCCAUUAAACCCGAAGGAAGAACUUCAGUGGAUACAGGAAGAAUGUGUGGAAACUUUAGAUGUUUACGGUUCCGGAGAAAACUCAUCAUCAACAGGAGACAUUAUGGGAACUUUGAAUCGAAUUUUCAAGUUCAAUCAUGAAAGUACACUGGUGGAAGUUGAGGUGAAACAAAUAGCCCUUGUCAGAGGUGUAAUUUAUAAGUUUGUCACCACAAGCCCUGAUGUCAGUUUCAUUAUGUUUCUCUCAGACAACAUUAACUCUAAACAAAACCAGUGCAUUGGGGCGGAAACACUUCUUAGUUUACCGGGCGGUAAUUUUUUCAUGUCAUGUUCUGAGAGCUCAUCACAUUCUGGAGACUACGACUGUAACGCAUCCCUAAGUGGCAAGUACCUCGAUCAAAGGAAAUCAGUCUGGAGAACUAGCGGCGGGACUGGAGAGAACAUCACUGUUGUUUUUAGAGAGCCAGUUUUGGUAACUGAGUUCAAAUUCAGACCUAGAGACUCAUCAUACACCUGGCCUUCAAAGAUAACCUUAUCAUUUCAUGAGGGAGGUGGUGAAACGUUCAGUGUAUUCCACUCCAAUGACCUGGAGCAUCACUCAUACAGGCUUUCAGUUCCUAAAAUCACGACAUCUGUCAAACUCACAAUAGACGAAAUGUAUGUAAGCGGUUCAGAGACCGGCGGAUCAUUUGGUAUAAUAGGCAUACCGUGCAAAUUCUCAGAAACGAUGAGGUUUGUAGAAAUCCUUCGGUGUUCUGAAACACUAAAGGACUUGGAGAACAUAUAUAUCUUCAAAAACGAUGAUAAGUUUCUCGCUGAAUGUCAGCCAGAAUGCUUGGUCAAGGACUCUAAAUUCGAAAAGAAUUUCAAUUCUGAAAAAGGUGAAAAGAUGUUUUCUGAAAAUGACCCGAUUUGUCCAAGUGCUGUGUCAAACAAAUACUGUUCAGAGGACUCAGGCUCUUGUGUCGUUCAGGUUAAUGUCAUUAAAUCUGCUGACUCUUCUGGAUACCUUAUUUCCAAAUCCCACCAUAAACAGAAGAAAAGGAUGAAAAAAUUACAAAUCCUCUUCAGAAAACAACCUGAUAAGACACCUACUCAGGGUUACCUAAUAGACAAUGGCCAAGUUAAGUCAGAUUUAGAAGAUCUAUCAUACGGUUGGUUUAGAGAAGCUCAUGGAGAGUUUUGUCAUUCAAAUGAUAAUCCAUUAUAUGGUGGUGGAAUUAGAUUUCCACCUCCAAAAGAGUCUUUGGACUGUCUUCAAAAAGAGAAAUGUUCCGGGAACUACUGGUCGAUAGAACUACCCGAGGAUGGAGAAUAUAAGCUUGAGGUUAUUUUAGGAUCAGUUUGCAAGUCAAAUAACGAUUCCGAAGCAUACUUGGAGGUUAACGGAACUCCCCUUCUAACAGGGGAAGGAUUUAAAAGCGACACAUUUUACACAAUAGUCAAAAAUGUCAAGGUUAAAAAUAAGAGAAUCAAGUUGACUUCGACUUGUAAGACUGAUAAUUGUCCGGAAACUGGAACUGUUUUACAGAUGGUUUCUGUUGAGCAGCUGUAG